GCCGUCUGUUGUUCAGAUCAGAACCACUGUUGUCCUGCAGACACCGAGUGCGACCUGUCCCACAGAGCCUGCGUGUCCACCCUGGGAGAGGCCGCCAUGGCCGCUAGGAUCCCGGGCUGUUACAGGGCUGGUGGCGGUACAGAGAAAAGUUGGUGCUGUUCCCUGCAAUGACUCCGUGGCCUGUGCUGAUGGAAACACCUGCUGUAAAUCGUUGGGGGGGAAAUGGGCCUGUUGUCCACUACCUGAGGCCGUGUGUUGUGAGGACCGCCUGCACUGCUGUCCACACGGCACCACUUGUAACCUGGCAGCCUCCACGUGUGAUGAUGCCACAGGCGGUACCCUGAUGCCCUGGCUCAGCAAAGUGCCCGUCUUUCCCUUAACGAGCGAUAACAGCAAGUGCGACAAAUCUACGUCGUGUCCUGGAAAAUCCACCUGCUGCAAGACGGCGAGUGGAGACUGGGCCUGCUGUCCUCUACCUCAGGCUGUGUGCUGUGACGACCACGUCCACUGCUGCCCUCAUGGUACGGUCUGCAACCUGGCGGCUGAAAGCUGUGACGACCCGUCGGGUUUUGUGCCCUCCCGCUCCUGGGUGGAGAAGGUGUCCGCUCUGACCUCAGAGAAACGGGACGAGAAAUGUGACAAGCAGACGAUGUGUCCAGGAGGCACCACCUGCUGUAGGAGCAACUUUGGACAGUGGGCCUGCUGCCCCUUACCUCAGGCGGUGUGCUGUAACGAUCAUGAGCACUGCUGCCCCAAAGGCUACACUUGUAACGUGGCUGAACAGACUUGUGAUAAGCCCGGUGGCCUCAGCCUGCCCUGGCUGCCGAAGACACCGGUCCUGAAGAACGAGCCCGGUCAGGCUGUUUCCAGUCCAACUCCGCCGGCCAAGAACAUGUGUGACGCCCAAACUAGCUGCCCCAGGGACACGACCUGCUGCUUCAUGAACGUGACCCACAAAUGGGGCUGCUGCCCUCUGCCAAAGGCGGUCUGCUGUAAGGAUGGAAACCACUGCUGCCCCAGCGGUCACGUCUGUGAACCUCACCGCUCCUCCUGCUCAAAGGGCCCCCGUGUUAUACCCUGGUUCACCAAACUGAGCGCUGUGACCGAGCCGGGCGCCCCGACAGACGUUAAAUGUGACGACAAGAGCAGCUGCGCUUCAGGAACGACCUGCUGUAAACUGCAGUCAGGAGAGUGGGGCUGCUGCCCUCUGGUCAAGGCGGUUUGCUGUGCAGACCAUGAGCACUGCUGUCCUCAGGGCUACACCUGCAACAUGCAGACUGGAACAUGCGAGAAGAAGAACCGCGAUGUGCUCGUCCUCGCCCUCCCUCAGAGCAAAGUGGUGCAGUCCGAGCCGAGAGGCACCGAGGGCGACGCGGACGUACCAUGUGACAGCACGGGGGAAUUUCACUGCCCCAAGCAAGACACGUGCUGUAAGAUCUCAGCCGCAGAGUGGGCCUGCUGCCCCUCGCCCAGGGCUGUCUGCUGCUCAGACUCAAAGCACUGCUGUCCUGUAGGAUACUCAUGUGACCUGAAGGCUGGAGGAUGCACUGCACAGAACCAGCUGACCUGGGACAUUUUGUUCGGGGACAGAAAGAAAGACUUUGUCCCCCAUGGACUUUAACUCCACUUCAACCUGGAUCCAUUACAUCCAUCUACAGCUCAUAUUGUCCACAGACAAUAAGGCUGUUGCUGCUUCCUGUUUGUUUUUGUCGUUCAUGGAAGUUUCUGCACUCCUGAGUAUUGGUGGUGGUGGUAGGUGUGGAGGAGCCUUUGUGCAAGACAGGGGAAAAACAUGCGCGCUGCCGUCAUCUCUGACAAUUAUAAAGAAGUUACAAUGAAAUAGGAAGGAAUAUAUCCUGUUAUUUCAACAUGUGUGACCUUGAAAUGUGUGCAGAAGUCUUUUAAACGUGUUGCACCAGGCAGAAAAUAUUUUAUCACCAUCACACUCGCUUCUUGAUAUAGAGGACAGUAAUACCACAAUGAGAAGUACAGCAAGUGUCUCGUUAAAGGAUGGUGUUGGUGAUAUUAUAUAUUUAUCUUAUUGUCAACAAAUCCCAUGAAAAGAUCAAAACCAACAAUGAGUUCGUCUCUCAAAACGUCCCUACUAACCUUAAUUGCUUCCCCACGCGCCAUCAGUACGCAUACCGGAAGAUGACAAGUCACUUAAGUUCAGGUUCUGCCGUUAUGUCCCCGUUUAUCCUCCCAACACACAAGAAAGCCCUGAUAUCGAGUCCGAAAAUGACAGAGAGGAGAUGAGGCGAGCGUAACUGAAAGCAAAAAGUUUUUUUGUUUCCUUCUCAAUCCUGAAAGGUGGUGAUGCCCUGUUACCCCUCGUACUCAUGACCUUAGAAAACAGUAUGUUGUUGUUGUUGGGGAUGUGUUGGGGACUUGGGGACACAGGCUAUGCCAAGUUCAAGGUAAAUAAAGUUAUCAGGCCUGAAUGAUUUUGAAGAAAUGACUAAUUGACUAAUUAUUUUGACUGAUAUUGCGAUACUAAGGGGAACGAUCAUUUUUACAUAAUUAUUCUCAUUUACAUUGAAAAUAUUAGUCUCUAGAAUAUGAUGUGCGGGCUUGGACAUCUCUGCAGCACGACAAUAUUUAAUUAAAAACGGUAUCGUGACACACGAAUCACCUCUUUAACAAAUAUUGCUCCUCGUGCGUUUGAAAAUAGCAGCAGGCUAUAUUGCGAUUGAUUGUUCAGCCCUAAAAAUGAUACAUUUAUUAUUUAGUUUUUCUGACUAAUCGCAUGGAUUCCUCGCGCCGGGCUACCUGUCCGCAGCCCAGGACUUGGGAACCUAAGCUGCAGGACGCUGCAAGUGGGAUAAAAUAAAUUGCAUGGUAACAAAGGAACAUGUUGGACAAGAAUGGCGCUCUGAGGCACGGAGGAUGAAAAGAUAUUAAGCUUUGAUGCACAGAUUAAACCAGUUAGUAGAUGCACUCGUUGUUGGUUUGGCUCUUUUUUUUUUAAAGUUGAUUUGUUCACAAUAGGAAAAAUAUAGAUUUUCAGCAUCCGGCUUUAUUGUUUUUGUAUUUUCUGAUCAUUAUUAUUGGAAGUGAGUGAUUUCCUAGUGUCGUUAAUAAAAAAGAAUAAAAAAGGAAACAUAAAUGUACUCGCUGUGGGCAACACUUGAUUAACUCCUCAUACAUGACUGAAGUUGUUUCAAAGAAUAGUAGCAGCAUUGCUGGUCUUUAAUGUAGUCGUUGAU